AUGGCCUCCGCGGGCGCGCGGCGGCUCCCGGCCCCGACGCGCGCGGCCGCGCGGAGCUGCUGCUGCGGCGGCGGCGGCUUCUCCUCCUCCUCGCUCCGCCCGGGCGCGCGCGCCGUCCCGCCCCCGCCCCCCGGCCCUCCGCGGCCGCCGCGGCCAAUGAGGUUUCUGAUUUCCUGUAACCUCUUCUUGCCUCGCGCUGCCCAGGUCUUGGCGGCUGAGGCUGGCCUACCUCCCCGUCGUUCCUUCAUGGGCUUUGCUGCCCCCUUCACCAACAAGCGGAAGGCUUACUCGGAGCGUAGGAUCAUGGGGUACUCCAUGCAGGAGAUGUAUGAGGUGGUGUCCAAUGUCCAGGAGUAUCGAGAGUUUGUGCCGUGGUGUAAGAAGUCACUGGUGGUGUCCAGCCGUAAGGGUCACCUGAAAGCCCAGUUGGAGGUUGGGUUUCCACCUGUCUUGGAACGUUAUACCUCUGCGGUCUCCAUGGUCAAACCACACAUGGUCAAGGCUGUGUGCACGGACGGCAAGCUCUUCAACCACUUAGAGACGAUUUGGCGAUUCAGCCCUGGUAUUCCUGCCUACCCUCGAACCUGCACUGUGGACUUCUCGAUCUCCUUCGAAUUUCGUUCCCUGCUGCACUCCCAGUUGGCGACCAUGUUUUUUGAUGAGGUCGUCAAACAGAACGUUGCUGCCUUUGAGCGCCGGGCAGCCACUAAGUUUGGUCCAGAAACAGCCAUCCCCCGUGAACUCAUGUUCCACGAAGUGCACCAGACUUGAGACAAAGGAUUGCUCUCUUGCCUCCACCCCUCUUCCCACCCAACUUUUAUUUAUUCGGCUUGGCUCUUGCUCAGAGAGGUCUAAGUUUCACCUCUCAGUUCUUCCCACACCGGGCUGCAUGCUGGUCGGACAUGUGGGAAAAGAUGGCAGAUAUGAAGUGAGACACACAGAAAGGGUCAGGAGCGUUCUGAAAGCCUCAUACGCCCACAGCCGUUCCACACCGAAUAAAAACCAGGGCUGUGGUCUCUGGGCCAGGUCAAGCGAAUAUAGUAGUAACUUCCUCACAGAGGUACUGGCUGGCAAGUAACUCCUACCCGGCUAAGAUUUCUCAGGAGAAAAGGCAACCUGCCUCAGCUCAGGAACAUGUCCAUGCUGACAGGUGGAAAGGGGGAGCUGCUGCACCAUCAUGCUACAGAGCAGAGGAGGAGGAAUUCCGUGACAGUGUGGUCUAUACUGUUGGGAUGUACCUUUUCUUCCACGAGGCCUGAGUUUUUAUAAAACUUCAAUAAAUUAUGACAGUGUGAA